AUGACGAUAAGUUGGCUUUUAGCCGUCGUUCUCCUGUCUUCUGUGAAUGCGUCACCGCCGAUGUGCCACUGUCCGAAUGGACAAGUUGGAAUGCAAUGUCCGGCUCCAAUAAACUUCAACUGUCCUCCGCAAGCGCCAUGCCCAGCUUCUCCCCCAUGCAACAUGUUCGGUGGACUUCAACCUCUUCCCACCAUGGCUCCGCAACAGUUCCCAACUUUCGCCCCAUUCACCUUGUCUCCACUACCAGGAUCACCGCCGGGUGCUUCAGGACCCGCACUCCUACCACCAGCGGUUUCGCCACCAACCAAUGGACAAGAGACUCUUGUUGGAAUCAACAAUCAAAAUCAGCCACCACCACCACCCGUCCAAUAUAAUCAAGGCCCACAAUUUGUGGAAGCUCCACCACCUCCACCUCCACCACCUCCACCACCGCCGCCGCCACCGCCGCCACUACAGCAACAACAGAUUCCUGUUCAGGAUGCAACCACUCUUCGUCCAUCUACUCUUCCAAGUGAAACAUAUGUUGAACUAGAGAACCCAGAAGCCAUCAUAAACGAAAACGCCGCACAAGUUCAAAAGAAUCCAGAAGAAGCUAGAAACAAUGUUGAGAAGGUCACGGAUGAGCCACCACCACCAGUUCUUCAGAAUAAGGUCGAAAGAGUAUUCGAGUCAGAACCAAAUAAUGGUUAUCGUCAACCAGUCCGACGUCAAGCACCGCCACUCAACGAUAAGUGUAACGAUGACCGUCUUCGCAGAAUCAUUGAAUCCAACGUGGAUGACAAUCCAUCCACUUCCAAGAGAAAGAUCCAGAAAGCAGCUACCGAGGAGAUCGGUGGGCUUUUCGACGUCAUCUGCUCAGCACACGACUUCUCAUACCUUGCUAACACCCAGCUAUUCUGUGAAUCUGGAAACGACGAUGUCACCUGCUUCGCAUUUUUGCACUCCCUCAUUCAGUAA